CCAAAUUUUUUUGAAAUUUUAGCAUUUAAGUUAGGGACUUAUGUGGUAGAAAUUAUUAUUUUGAGCCUAAUCGUAAAAAUUCACUACCCUAAGGGGGUUGAAACUGAAAUUUGGUUAUAAAAGGAGGCUGAGGCUAAUUUUUUUUUUUUUUUCAUCUUUCUCCAGGUCUCUUGUGUGAAUCUCCAGCAGCUCAUUAGAAUUUUCCUCCCAAAGUCUAGCCUGCACCCAAUAGCUUCUUCUCGUUAGAAAUAGAUCUGGGUUGCUACACUCUUCAAUCUGCUAAUCUGUUUGGGUUGCUGUCCAUCACCAUUUUCAGCACUUUUUGCUAGUGAGACUUGAGACACGGGAAACUAAGGGGAGUGAUGAGCUAGAAGGCUAGCCACUUGUAAUUGGAUAUAGAUUUUUAGAUAUAGAUCAUGCUUUUGCAAGUUAGAUUUUAUUUUGAGAUUUUAUAAAUUAAUUUAGUGGAUUUUUGGUUAUGAAUUUAGUAACUUUCGAGCCUUGUGCAUUUGUGGGAUCUUCUCACAAGUGUACAGUGUCUGUUUUGCUUCCGGUUUUUGGGCGUGACAUUGUGCCUUAAGAGCUACAUUUGAACAUUGCAACACCCUGUAUUAGCCCAUUGCAUUAUUACACUUUUAAGGUAUUACCCAUCAUGUAGAGAAAAUGUACAUCCCUUUGCCUUUCUUUAACCACAAAAAUAUUCUAAUUUGAACGACUUAAAACGUGCUUUUCAUUGAUGCCAUUGUUGCUCUGAAACUUAGAUUGUU